GCCGCCUGGCUUGGGAUCUACCUUAGGUGGGAGAAGGAGAUGGGAGGGCCAGGCGUGCCCCCGAGAUUUGCGGGGGCGGGGUCUGGGCAGGAAUUGCGAUGCCGGUCGCAGAUUAAGGGUAACAAGUUUUGGAGGGACUGGGGACCCAAGACUAAGUUGGAGAUCCAGGAUUGGAAGGGAGGUUGUUGGGGCAGCAUUUUCAAGUGGAAGGAAUUUGAAGCUUGGACAUGGGGAGUUUGGAGAAGCGAGAGAGCCAAGGGAAGGAACUUUUGGCGUAGAGAAUCUGAGAUUACACCCUAUUUGGGUAUUUCAGAGGGGUUGAAUUCUGGGCUCCAUAGUGUUCUCGAAAAGGUGUGAGAGGUUUUGGGCUGGAAUCCCGAGCAUUUGCAGGAGCGAGGGAUCUCGGGUCAAGGAAUUUUGGACUCCGAGACACAUUGGCAGGGAAGGGGUUACUGGGAAGAGUUCAGCGUUCGCAUCGUAGAGUUGGACGGGAAGUUUGGAGGUGAAGUUCAGAGGCGUUUGAAAGUCUAGAGAAUAGAAGAAAGUUUUUUGGGGGGAGUAUUAACAUGGGAAUACCCAGUCUCCCGAACGGAGUGGAUUGGACAGCGUUUGUCGUCUUUGAGCAGUGGAUUGGGGUCUGCCUUUGAAACACAAGGGCACUUUGGGGAAGAAAUCCCGAAUCUUAAGGAGUCGCAGGGACCGGGUGAAAGCAGUUUUAGAGCUGUGUCUUAGGGUGGGGGAGGAGUGUUCCGGGCGUAGAGCUUAGACUUGCUGCGCGGGAGGCACUGGAGGGCGGGGCUCGGCCGGCGCUGGGCAGCUGGACGUCCGGGUUCCCUUCCCCCACCCGCCCGUGUCCCUUUGCGCAUGCCCUAAGGGAGGGGUGGGAGUAAUUGGUUGGUCCCGUUGGCAAGCAGAGCCCCCUGGGGAUUGUAGUGAGUACUCCGCGUCGGUUCGGGUGCUCGGCGGCUCUUGCCCCACGUUUCCCAGAAGCCCUUGGGAAAUUGGGGCGUUCCUAAUGCUGAAUAGAGUCCCGAGGAAGGGGCGGGGCUUGGCAAGAGUCGGGUUCUAGAGAGUUUUCUUACGGGGCACAUUUUUGGGGAAGCUGAACGUGUGAGCAGAGGGAAUGAGGAAGACCCCUUCCACGCCAAAGAAGAAUCUCGACAAAGAGGUACCAUAACAGGAUUCCAGGUGCUCGAGGAUGAUAAACAUUCAAUAAAAUAAAACUGUUAAGUAAAUAAGUGUUCAUUAAGCACUUCCUGUGUGGCUCUGUGCAUAUAUUACUCGUCGGCUCUCCUUGACGGAUGUAGUGAGAAGUUAUUUUUACAGUCCCCAUUUUACAGAUGAGGCUCGUCGGGUCACGUCACUUCCCAAGAUCACACAGCUAAGCAGCGUACAGGGCAGAAUUCAAACCCGGGAUUCCCUGCUUCCAGCUCCAGUCUCAGCACACAAUGCCUGUUUUGUGUGUGUGACAUGUUUGAAGAAAUGAGUAUUAUGGAAGAGCAAAAAUUUUAAAUCGCAGAGGGACUUGAUAUAGCUUCUUUACUUUUUAGAUGAGGAAAUUGAUUUCUCAAGGAUGUAAGUUCACUAUUUGAGGCCACAACAGGCAAGGCAUUAUGGUGGGAGGCUUGAAGAGGAAAUACUCAGAUUUGGAAGGGGAGGAGGAGGAAGAUGAGAAGUGGGACUGGAGUCCAGCUGGCCUUCGCAGCUACCAGCAAGCCCUUCUUCGCAUCUCCCUAGACAAAGUCCAGCACAGCCUGGGUCCCCGAGCACCCAGCCUCCGAAGGCAUGUCCUCAUCCACAACACCCUCCAACAACUCCAGGCUGCACUUCGCCUGGCUCCUGCCCCCCUGCCCCCUGAGCCACUCUUCCUGGGUGAGGAAGAUUUCUCCCUGUCAGCCACCAUUGGCUCUAUCCUCAGGGAGCUAGAGACCUCCAUGGAUGAGACCCAGCCUCUUCAGAACCCAGUGGCUCCUGCAGGCCUCCAGAAUGAAUUGCCAGCCCAGCCUGAUCCAGUCUUCUUAGAAGCUCUGAGCUCCCGGUACCUGGGGGACUCUGGCCUGGAUGACUUCUUUUUGGACAUUGAUACAUCUGCAGUGGAAAAGGAGCCUGCACUGGCCCCACCAGAGCCUCCUCACAACCUCUUCUGUGCUCCAGGGUCCUGGGAGUGGAAUGAACUAGAUCACAUCAUGGAAAUCAUUCUUGGGUCCUAAAAUUUUGAUGGGUGGGGAAGAAUCCUACUCAUCAGCCUUGGUGGGCUGGAUCCCUGGAUGCCACUUUGAUUUGGGUGGAGGCUCUAUGCAGUUUCUAUGGCCUCCUUUUCUCCCAUUCAGGGUUCCACAAACUGUCUUGCAUGCGUGUGUCUGGUUACCCCAGCCUUCUGUGAAGGUGGGUCUUCCUGAAUUAAUUUAUCUGUUCCAAAUGCCUUAACAAGACUCUGUUUCUGGGAGUCUGAUUUUCCAAUUACAUGUUUCUUUCACCUUUCCCUCCAGUUUCUGCUCCCCUUGUGACCACUGGGGCCUCAGGGAAGAUAAGAAAGCUAGGCCUGUCAAAGGAUGACAGGGAUGUGCUGCCAGGUUGCUAUGGAAACCCAGGCUCUGCCUCUUGCACCUUGAGGGAGUGGGAGGGGCUGGUCUCUUCCUCCCAAGCUGAACCCCACUUCCUUGGCAGGACCCCAGUCCCAGCAGCCUCCUCAUUCAUAACCAGGCCGGACCACGUGCAAUAGGGUAGAAACCAAACUGCUCCAUGCUGCAUUAUUUAAAAGAAAGGCAGGGUUUGUGGUGGCUUUUUUUUGUUUAUAAUUUUUUUUUAAAUAAAAGCAUUUUGGAAGGAG